AUGGCAGAACCAUCCACCGACCCCGCAACCGACCCUCCGCCGCCAUUGACCAAAAGCUGGGCUGACGAAGCGGAGGAAGAAACUGACGCCUCCGCCUCCACCACUGCCACAGCCGCCGAAACCUCUUCUGUCAACCUCGACGCAUUAAAAAUCGAAGACAACGAGAGCCCUCCCAAACUCUUAGACGACCCCGACGAUUCCAACAUCCAAGCGGUUACUUCCGGAGAAACGCCAUAUACGUCGGCCGCGACGUUUGAGGACCUGAACCUCUCGCCGGAGCUACUGAAGGGGCUCUACGUGGAGAUGAAGUUCCAGAAACCGAGCAAAAUCCAGGCGCUAAGUUUGCCGAUGAUCCUGAGCCCGCCGCACCGGGACCUCAUCGCGCAGGCGCACAACGGCUCUGGCAAGACCACGUGCUUCGUGCUCGGGAUGCUCAGCCGCGUCGAUCCCAAGCUGCAGGCGCCGCAGGCUCUUUGUGUCUGUCCCACCCGGGAGUUGGCUAAUCAGAACAUCGAAGUUCUCCGCAAGAUGGGGAAGUACACCGGGAUUGCGUCGGAGUGUGCUGUGCCGACUGAUAGCACUGCCUCCUCGAUCGCGAAAAGGGCGCCAGUUAUGGCGCAGGUGGUAAUUGGUACCCCUGGCACCAUCAAGAAGUGGAUGAGCUUCAAGAAACUCGGGGCCGCUAGGUUGAAGAUUCUUGUUUUUGAUGAGGCUGAUCAAAUGCUUGCUGAGUCUGGGCUUCUGUUGAUUGCGCCUCUUUUGCAAACUGAGCAUAGUGCUAACUAA